AUGUCAAAAUACUUUGAAACUAAGAUAAAGUCGACAUUGGCGUUUUUAUGCAGUCGUCGAAUCUGUCGACUGUCGUGGUCGAUAUUUCAUCCGGCAGUUUAUUCAAGACGUACAUCAAUAUUUGUUUCAUUUUUAUCAAUUGCUUCAUUACUUUCAUCAGUUUCUGCUGUCCAACAACAAGUUAUCAAUCAACAAGAACAACGAACUUCAUCUUUAUCUUCUAUUAUAUCGACAAAUGGAACAACAACAAUAUUUAAUAGUUCUCGACGACGAACAACAUAUACAACAAUGUCUUUAUUAUCAUCAACAAUACAGUCAACAAUAACAACAAUAAAUGAUGAACUUAGUAAUACAACUAAUAUUACAAACCCUAAUGAAAAUGACACUCGAAAUCCAGCACAAUUAAUUAUAAUUAUUAGUAUUUGUUCAUUGAUGUGUAUUUUAACAAUUGUUGGAAAUCUUGUUGUUAUACUUGCCGUUUCUCUUGUACGAAAAUUACAAACAGCAUCAAAUAUACUUAUUGUUAGUCUUGCUGUUAGUGACAUUUUUGUCGGUUUAUUUAUUAUGCCAUUGGCUUUGGUGCUUGAAAUAUCUAAUAAUCAAUGGAUAUUAGGUUCAAUCAUGUGUGACAUAUGGACAUCGACUGAUGUUCUUCUAUGUACUUCAUCAAUAUUAAAUUUUCUCGUUAUAUCAAUUGAUCGUUAUUGUAUUAUUAAUCAUCCGUUUAAAUAUGCACCUAUGCGUAAAGUUAAAUUACUUUCAUUAAUGAUAGCUGGUGUUUGGAUACUUAGCGCACUUGUUUCAUUACCACCCAUCUUAGGCUGGGGACGUCCAUCCACUAGUUUGCCUACAUGUCAAGUAAAUCCACUAUUAGAAUAUCAAAUAUUUGCAACAAUGCUUUCAUUUUACAUUCCCCUUAUUUUUGUAUUAAUUAUCUAUGCUAAUAUCUAUCGAACGGCACGAACAGCAAUGGAUCCUCGAUCAAGUGUUCAAAUGUCACAAUUUUUAACAAGUCCUGGUUCAACAACAAAUGUUGGACAUACAUCAGAAGUAUUAGAUCAACAAUUAAAUGGAAAUAGUUGUUCAAAUCCACAAUUAUUUUUAAAUCCAUCAAAUACAAAUACACAUGAUGAUCGUUCAUUAACAACAGGUGGUAAUCGAAUAAUAAAACGUACUGAACCAAGUCCACCACAACGAACAAAAUCUUCAGCACUUUUAUCUCCAACACGAUGUUUAGGUCGUCGUAUAAGUACAACACUUAAUGGUCGUUUAUCAAUAUUUGUUGCACGUCGUUAUUCAAUAUUUCGUCAUGUUCAUUUACCAAAUCAAAAAGCAAUACGUACACUUGGUGUUAUUUUAGGAACAUUUAUUGUUUGUUGGCUUCCAUUUAUGUUAUAUGCAUUAAUAAAACCUUCAUAUGAUCGUAUAACAGGAAGACCAUUAAAUGCACCUAUAUGGAUUGAUCCUGUUUUAUUAUGGUUUGGGUAUUCAUCAUCAAUGUUAAAUCCAUUAAUUUAUUCCAAAUUUAAUCGAGAAUUUCGUACACCAUUUCGUGAAAUAAUUUAUUGUCGUUGUAAAGGUUUAAAUGAAAAAGUUCGACGACAAGAAUAUUUAGAAAAUUUAUAUGGAGACCAGUAUACACAUAUACCGGUAUCAUCAAAUAUAGCAACAAGUACAAGAAAUAGCGGCAAUCCUAAAGCAGCCGUGUGA